CUUAGAGAUUCCACAGUCUCUCGUGUGCCUCAUAAUCAGCAGGGCUUGCUAUUUCGAACAAGUCUCAUUUCAGAAAGGGCCUUGUUGAGAUGAAGUUAUAGAGAUGCUGAAGAUGGAAUUAGACGCAUGUGAAAGGUUAAGCAUAACGAGUAAUGCAAAUGGGAGAUAACCUCUGGUACAUGGUGUUUCAAUCGAAAUCUCUAAGAGGUGUAACACUGUACCAAGUGGAGAACCGUUACAUGGACCAAUUAUUGUGGUAAGUGGGUGAACCAAGGACAAGUAAUAUACUAACAUCAUCAUCAGUUGAUUUGGUGAGAAAGAAAAUAGUGAUUAAAUCCUUUGAUAACUAUUGUUAUUGGAUCUAGUUUUCACAGAACCGAUUCUGUAGACAGUGGAAACACUAAACAAAUGGAUCUUAGAUUGUCCCCUCUUUAUGAUGUUAGAUUGAAGUCUCUCUCUCUCUCUCUCUCUCUCUCUCUCUCUCUCUCUUUUAGCUUUUCAUAGUUUUAGCAGCCUUGCUUUGGCUGAAACUUGCUUAUACUACUUAUCUACUACUUUUACUAUCGUUUACAGCUUCAGUAUCCAUCUCCAGGCUUAAAGAUGCUAUUCAUUGAUUCUUGUUAGUUCCUUACUUGCAUAAUAGAUGCUCUUGUGCAUGAUUCACUACAGCAAUCUCAGAGGAAGCUCUUCGGUUGGGGGUUUGUUACUUACAGAUUCUACUACGGGCAUAUCAUAAUCAUCUGUUUCCUCAAGUAAGGCUUUCUACCUCAUGCCCCCAAUGCCUUUGUGUGUCUGAUUGUGCUGCACCAUAUGACAGGUUAUAGUUUUCACGGAAACAUGAGUCUGUAGACUUGAUUUGGUGAGAAAUAAAGUAAUGAUUGAAUCCUUUGAUCACACCGUAGCGUGCGUGGAGUUGAGAAAUAAGUUAUUUCUCUGUUUGCGCCUUGGAAUGCAAAGAGCACUGAUGUGAUGGCCUGUAUACAUAUAGAAUGUUUACUUUUGAUGGCAAGCUGGAGUGGACUCAACUUGAUGUUAGAUAAAUCAUGUGACAGUUUUGAUAGAAAUCAUGUGGGCAUUAGGCUUUUUCAGUGUCGUGCAUUUGAUGCUUGAGUUCUGAAACAUUUUUCUUGGCCUUUUCAUUUUCAACUUUGUAUUUCGAAUUUCAUGAUUUCUUAGAUAAAAAAAUAUUAUGAAUCUAAUUUUCUUCCUAGUUAGCUUUUGGUCUCGUUAAACGCAUUGUCUGGCAAGAUUCAGCGGCAUGAUUGUACCUGUAUGUUGCUCCUAUCUACUUAUAUAUUCUUUCUUGUUUCACGAUUCAUGGUUUGUUCUAUUAUGUUGCUCCCUUUGGACCAAACUAGAGAGAACACUACAUAACUAAUAAGUUUCCACCUAUGAAACUUGAUUUUGUGUGUGGGUAACAGGCAAAGUUUGAAACAUAAAGUCUCAACCUUUUUAGCUUGAUUGCCCUAUAAGUAUAGUUUUCAGUUACUCAUUUUGGUUAGCUGAUUAGUCACACGUUGAUAUUUUUAAAAUCAUUGUCAUCUUCAGUGGGGGGAUCAAGGUCAAGGGGUUGGUUUCCUGGUUACCCAAUACUAUAUAAGGUAGCUCUUUUAGAUCAGAAGUUGCUCGUUUUGUUAACUGAUUAGUAGCUACAAAUGUGCCUACUGUGGCUGAUUGGCCUAUCUGCAUUCUGAUGUUGGCCUUAUCAUUACUUUAAUGUAGGUCUUGGUUUGUGUGUGUCUCUUGGUUGUUGCUUGAAUUAAUAGAUGCUGAAUGCGCUCUACACGGGGCGGGUUGUUACAUUUUUAUUCAAGCCGUCCUCCUUGUAGUUCAUUGCAUGUACUCUUCACGUAUGGCAGGCUUCUUCACAGUUUGCACCCCCAUCGUAUCUGGAUCUAGAGGCUAGCAGAUAACAAUCACGAGGACACAACAUAUUUGACUUCUCAGCAUAUUCUACUACGGGCAUAUCACAAUCAUCUGUUUCCUCAAGUAAGGUAUCUUACCUCCUGCCUUUGUGUGGCUGACUCUGAUAGGUUAUAGUUUUCACGGAAACAUGAAUUGCUGAAGUUAUAGGGUUGAUUUGGUGAGAAAUAAAAAUGGUGUUUGAAUCAUUUGAUCACACUGUGGCGUGGAGGAGUUGAGAAGUAAAUCGUUUCUCUCCUUGGCAAAAAGAUUUUGGUGUAGAAUGCAUAGAACACUAAUGUCCGUACACAUAUAGGAUUGUUUCUUUAUAAGGCAAGCUGGACUCAACUUGAUGUUAGAUAAAUCAUGUGUCACACUACAAGAAAACAUGCCUAUUGCAACAUAAAUUUGCAACAGAAAUAUUCCCUCGCAAAAUUGCAACGGAACUACGAGUGAAUAGCGACGAGAAACAAUACCCUCGCAAAACGCUUGCAAAUUUGCAACGAAAUAAGUUCCUCGCAAAUUUGCGACCAGUUUGCGAGGGAAAUAUGACAAACCGACGCAAAGCCGACGCAAAUUUGCGAUGAAAAGUCUUGUCGCAAAACAGUUGCAAAUUUGCGAGGAUUUUGCAUUUGAAGUGCAUUUCAAAUUAUUCUCCUUGCAAUUUCGUUGCAAAACAGAUAGGUUUUAUAAUACACGUUUUUUUUUUCGUGUAACUAAUUUAUUAACCUCGCAAAUUCCGUCGCAAAACGGAUAAGUUGGUGAUACACGUUUUCUAUAUGUGUAACUAAUUUUUGCAAGGGAAAGAAUGCCCACGCUAAUCCCUUGCAAAGUUGUUAGAAUUCCCUCGCUAAUCCCUUGCAAAUUUGUUAAGCAUUGCAAAACCGUUGCAAUAUCUGUUGCAAUUCACUCGCAAAUCCCUUGCAAAAACCUUGCAAUUAUCUUUUAAAUGUCUAUAUAUAGCAGCUGUGAUCAGUUAGUAAAACAUAGAAGAAAAAAAACGAAAAAAAAGUUGUGCAAGAAGGAAUUUAAAAAAAAAAAAAAAAGAGUUGAGAGAAAAAUAUAUUAAGAAAGAAAAAAGAAAAAAAAAUUGAGAGAAAAAUGGCGUCCAGAAAUGAUAUAUAUGCGUUACGGGCAUGGAUGUACAAUCAUAGAGAUCCGGAUACCGGUGAAGUGAAGAGAGAAUAUCGGGCGGGGCUACGGGGUUUCUUACAACAGGCAACUAACCAACCAUUUGCAAGGGAAAAUGGUAAAAUAUUCUGUCCCUGUGUAAAAUGCAAGAACGAACCAUAUUUAGAAAUUGAUACUGUGAAGAAGCAUCUAUAUAAUAGAGGAUUUAGACCACAGUACUACAUAUGGUUUUUGCAUGGGGAAGGUGCAUCAAGUAGUAGUACGGGUCAGGGAUUUGAACUACGAAGUUAUAAUGCUAAUUAUUAUGAUCCUCGUGAGUCAAAUAUGUUUGGAAAUAAUGCGGGUGAUGGGUAUGAGCAAAAUAUGUUUGAAAAUAAUGCGGGGGAUAGGUAUGAGCAACAUGGAAAUAGAUAUCACAAUAUGGUUACAGAUGCAUUGCAUGAAGCUGCUAUUCCUGAUAGUAGUAGGGAAGAAACUAACAUAGACGCACAAAGGUUUUAUAAUAUGUUAGAUGCUGCCAAUGAACCUAUCUACGAAGGAUGUAGAGAAGGGCUUUCUAGAUUAUCACUAGCAUCUAGGAUGAUGACAAUUAAAAGUGAUCAUUCUCUAAAUGAUAAGUGCAUGGAUUCGUGGGCUCAACUCAUUAAUGAGUAUUUACCGGAAGGUAAUCUUGCUGCCGAUAAUUUUUAUGAAAUUCAGAAGCUAGUUGCGGGUCUUGGUCUACCAUCUGAAACAAUUGAUGUGUGCGUUGACAACUGCAUGAUUUUCUGGAAAGAUGAUGAAAAUCUGGAGGGAUGCCGAUUUUGUAAAAAGCCAAGAUAUCAAGAAACCACAGGAAGGAAUCGUGUGCCUUACAAACGUAUGUGGUACUUACCGAUCACAGAUAGAUUGAAGCGUUUAUAUCACUCAGAAAGGACAGCCGCGUGGAUGAGAUGGCAUGCCCAACAUUCGGUGAAAGAUGGCGAGAUUACACAUCCCUCAGAUGCUAAGGCAUGGAAACACUUUCAAACCGUAUAUCCCGACUUUACGAGUGAGUGUAGAAACGUUUAUCUUGGUCUAUGCACGGAUGGAUUUAGUCCAUUUGGUAUGUAUGGAAGGCAAUACUCUUUAUGGCCUGUCAUCUUGACGCCAUACAAUCUCCCUCCGGAUAUGUGCAUGCAAAGAGAAUUUUUGUUCUUGAGUAUUCUAGUGCCUGGUCCAAAACAUCCAAAGCGAGCACUUGAUGUAUUUUUGCAACCUUUGAUCCAUGAGCUGAAGCUGUUGUGGCAUUUUGGCGAGGAGACAUGGGAUUAUUCGCAGCAGCAGAACUUCAAUAUGCGUGCAGUGCUUAUGUGGACCAUAAGUGACUUCCCCGCAUAUGGAAUGUUAUCGGGUUGGACCACACAUGGAAGAUUAUCAUGUCCAUAUUGUAUGGAGAAGACAGAUGCUUUUCAGCUGAAAAAUGGGAGGAAGUCAUGUUGGUUUGAUUGUCACCGUAGGUUUCUUCCGCCGCAUCAUACAUAUCGUAAGAACAAGAAAUUGUUUAGGAAAAACAAGGUGGUCCAUGCUCCUCCCCCAAUAAUGCAAUCAGGAGCAUCUUUGUUAGAGGAAAUUGACUAUUAUGGUGCUAACGAGACAUGUAAAGUUGAGGGAAAUUGGCACAUUCAAGCUAACAUGCCAGACGGGUAUACGACAUCUCAUAAUUGGCAUAAGAAGAGCAUAUUUUGGCAACUUCCAUAUUGGAAAGAUCAUCUCUUAAGGCACAAUCUUGAUGUGAUGCACAUAGAGAAGAAUGUUUUUGAGAGUAUCAUGAACACUCUUUUGAAUGUGAAGGGAAAUAGUAAAGAUAAUUUGAAAUCGAGGUUAGAUUUGCCGGAUUUAUGUGCAAGACCAGAGCUGCAUGUGACAAGAGAAGGAAAAUUACCAGUCCCGGAUUUUAGAUUGUCUGGGGUGGCAAAGCAAAAGUUGUUCGAAUGGGUAAAUUCAGAUGUGAAAUUCCCAGAUGGUUAUGUGUCAAAAUUCUCGAGAUGCAUCGAGAAUGGACAAAAAUUUUCUGGUAUGAAGAGUCACGAUUGUCACAUUUUCAUGCAACGACUCCUACCAUUCGCAAUGACGGAGCUAUUACUAAAACACGUCCAUGAAGCAAUAGCGGGUAAUAAAAGUGACUUUUAAAAUUGUAUAUAAAUUUAUUGUAUGUGUUAAUUGAAAUAAUAUUUUUGUUUGAUGAUGAAUUUGUAGGAAUUGGAGUAUUUUUCAGGGAUCUAUGCACCCGAACAUUAACAAAGGAUGGGAUCGAUUUGUUAGCCAAGAAUAUUCCUGUUUUGCUUUGCAAUCUGGAGAAAGUCUUCCCCCCAUCUCUAUUUGACGUUAUGGUACAUCUCAUGAUUCAUCUACCUCUUGAAGCGGCUCUUGGGGGUCCUGUACAAUUCCGAUGGAUGUAUGUAUUUGAAAGAUUCAUGGGAUUUCUCAAAAAGUUUGCCAAAAAUCUUGCCAGAGUCGAGGGUUCGAUAGUUGCAGGAAGUCUUACGGUGGAAACUUCACACUUCACAUCCUACUACUUUAGCCCAACCGUUAUAACGAAAUCUGAUAAAAAAAAUUAGAUAUAGUAUUUCCGUUAACAAUUUUCAAUAUCAGAAUAUAGGAUAUGCGUUAAACUCUCCGGAACACUUGCCAAACCCUAAAUGAAUCCCUAAAACCCACUAAAUUAAACUUUUUGCAAGGGAUUUGCAAGGGUUUCAUCGCAAAAGCCUCGCAAUAUUGCAAGGAACUUGCGAGAACACUUCGAAACCCCUGUCUAAACCUCAAACGAAACCUAAAGACAUUAAAAAAAGAUUUUGCAACGGAUUUGCGAUGAAACACGAUAAGUCUCUCGCAAAACACUUGCAAUUUUGCAAGGGAUAACCGUUGCAAUUCGCUUGCAAAUUGCAAGGAUUUUGUGACGGAAAUUAGGUUGAUAUAUAAACACACUUAACCUUUCCUCUCCAUUUCACUCUGCCGUCAAAGAAAAAAUAAAAAGAAAACCUCUCUGAUCCGAUCUCCUCUCUGUCUCCCGCCUCUCCUCUCUUUCUCCCUGUGGUCUCUCCUCUCCGCCUCUCCCUCGCCGUGUCCCGCCUCUCUCCGCCCUCUCCCUGCCUCUCC